AGUAUAGAAAUAAUAUAUACCACUGUUAAAAAUUUAAAAGUAACCGUACCACAUGGAUAUCUCCGAUGAACUCAAAGCCGCCGUCGGCGCUGAUUCCGAUAUCGACUUCGCCUUUCAACUUCAAAUCCAAGAAGCAAUAAAAGCCUCUUUAGCCUCUAAACCUUCUUCAUCAAACGACGACGUUUUUAAGGUCUAUUUCAAGGGUUUGGUGAGUGAUGAAACUGUUUCGAAUGUUAAAAUGUCAUUUGCUGGAAUUGGGGUAGCGAUUUGUGAUACGAGCGGUAGUUGUUUAUUUAAGUCGAGGAAAUCGUUUAUACUUGACGCCGGUGUUCGUGGGACCGAAGGUGAUCGUGUGGAACUUGAAGCUUUGACCGAAGCCUUGAAUGUUGCUGUUAAUCAUGGGUUUAAACGGGUUCGGAUUUUCAGUGAUUGCAAUUCGGUUUAUCAGUAUCUGAAUGGUAAAAGAAAACGAACAAACAACAAGAUUGAGACAUUGAUUGAUCAAUUGAAGCAUAUCCAAAGCAAGUUUACUUCUUAUGAGCGGUUUCAUGUGGAGCAAAACGAUAUCAACUUUGUUUAUAAACUAGCAAGAGAUGCAAUCACAUUUGAGGUCGCCAAAUGGGACAACAGCGAUUCUGGCGUGACAAUAACCGAGCAAUGCAAAAUUUGUUUCGAAUACACUGACAACGAUAACAUAUAUACAGUCAACACAUGUCGGCAUAGAUAUUGCUUUUCUUGUAUUAGAAAACACGCAGAAGCAAGGUUACUUCAAGGGAUGUUGCCCGAUUGCCCACAUGAAAAAUGUGAAUCCAAAUUCGGAAUUGAAAGGUGCAAGAAGCUUCUAAAACCGGAAUUAUAUAAUAUUAUGAGGUCACGGGUAAAAGAAGCUUCUAUUCCUCUAACCGACAAAGUUUAUUGCCCGUUUUCAAACUGUUCUGCUUUGAUGUCAAAAGACGAGGUCAAAGAACAUACACCGACGUCAUCAUCUACCGCUGCUGGAGAUACUGGAAUGAGAAAGUGUGUUGAAUGUAAUCGCCGUUUUUGUAUAAAUUGCAAAGUACCUUGGCAUGACAACGUUACGUGCUCGGAUUACGUGAAUUCCAGCAAGUUUCGGUCUUCUGGUGAGGCGAAACUAAAGUCUCUAGCAACCAAAAAGCAUUGGCGCGAGUGUAUCAAGUGCAAGAAUUUGGUUGAACUUGCAAUGGGGUGCUACCAUAUUUAUUGCAGAUGUGGAUAUGAGUUUUGUUACACUUGUGGAGCGGAGUGGGUUAAUAAGAAACCGACGUGCAAGUGUCCGCUCUGGAAUGAGCGCAACAUUCUCUAUGCGCAACCGCAUAGAAAUGGUUGGUGAUAUUUGUGAAAGGACUAGAAUUAAUAGUUGUGAAUGUUGAUAUUGGUGGUUCGUUUGCAGGUGUCUGAAUGAUUCUCGUUGGAACACCUUUUCAAGUUUAAUGAAUAGUUUGGUUAUGUAAAGAUCAUUUUAGCCA